UCACUCUCCCGCUCUUUCCACAGCCUCUCCAGAGCGGCUGCAGUUCCCUGCUUCUCCACUCUCUCUCCCUCCAUCUCUCCAAGUGCUGGCGGAAUACCGAGCUCAGACAAAGAAAGCUCAGGAGAACAUAGAAGAGAAGUGAAAGAGUGUGCUUUGAGGGACUAAUAAAGCGUUUUAAAGAGAAAAAAAGAAAGACGGGUGCAGACGUUCAGACCUACGGUGUGUGAGGAGACAGAGAGAGGGAGAGAGAAAGACAGUGUCGCCAUUUCACUCCCGGUUUGGUUUGAAGAACUAACUGGCUAACUACAACAGAUGACAUUAGAUCAGUAGAGAAAUUCCCAUUAAAAGCAGCCUUACUUGUGUGCAUUCCUGUCAGCAAAGUGCCAUGUUUAGGAUCAGAACCUGAGCAGGCUGAGGGUAAGCUUGGGUUUGAGGAGAAGAAAGGGUCCUCAGGAGAAGAUGUGAUUUGUCUGGCUAGAAGCUCCAUGACCCCAGAGGGUUUCCUUGCUUUGAAAAUGAGUUUUGAGGAACAGCUUUGAGGGACACACAGCGGACGAUUCUGCCUAAUCGCACCACAAAGGAGGCGCUCCUCAGAAAACACAUCUGUCCCACCAUCAACCAGUAAAUCUCAGAUGGAGGUGAAUGCAGCCGAGAAGCGUCAUCGAACACGAUCUAAAGGUGUGCGGGUUGCCGUGGAGGCUGCACAAGAGCUGUUCAGCUGUCCCACACCUGGAUGUGAUGGUAGUGGACAUGUUAGCGGCAAAUAUGCCAGACACAGGAGUGUGUAUGGAUGCCCCUUGGCUAAGAAAAGGAAAACCCAAGAGAAACCUCUGCAGGAGCCAGCUUCCAAACGCCGUCCAUUUCCAACUAUGGCUGAUGGUGAGCCCACCAUGUAUGAAAGCUAUGAGGCCAUGGAGGAGGGUGAGGAGAGGGAACACGAAGAAGUAGAGGAAGUGGAAGAAGAGGAGGAGGAAGAGGACGAUGAAGAAGAGGAGUGCUCAGAUGACAAUGAGGAGCCGGGAGAGGAAGAAGAGGACGAGGAAGAAGAAGGAGAGGAAGAUGGAGAGGUAGAGAGAGAGGGAGUAGAGGAGAUAGAGCAAAUGGAGGAAGAGGUAGAAGAAGAUGAGGAAGUUGUGGAGGAGGAUGGGGAUGAUGAAGAGCAGGAGGAUGAAGAAGAGGAGGAUGAUGAAGAUGAGCAUGAAGAAGAGGAAUACUAUGAAAAUCAGAGUCAUCAGCAAAACAGCAAUUAUUCAAGUGGUGGACAAUCAAAAUCCAAUCAAAUACUUGAGAAGGACAAUAACAAUAACAUUAACAAUGAGGAGUAUGAGAAUUAUGAUGAGCUUGUGGCCAAGUCUCUUCUCAACCUUGGUAAAAUUGCAGAGGAUGCCGCCUACCAAGCCAUGACUGAGUCAGAGAUGAACAGCAAUUCUUCCAACAGUGCAGGUGAGGAUGACGAUGAGGAUGAAGAUGAAGGGAGCGAACAAGGAGGCCAUAAGGGAGAGUUGAGCGUCGACUUGGAUAGCGAUGUGGUACGCGAGACUGUGGACUCCCUGAAGCUUCUGGCCCAGGGACACGGAGCUGUGCUUCCUGAUGAGGGAUAUGCAGAUGCCGGGUCUGGGGAUCCUGGCUCAGCUGGCCACACUAACGGACGAGGCCAGACGGAGGAGAGUGAGGAGGAAGUGUGUCUCAGUAGCUUGGAGUGUCUGCGCAACCAGUGCUUCGACUUGGCCCGCAAACUCAGUGAGACCCAAAUGUCCGAGGGGUCCACGAUGGAGGUCCAAGUGCAGCACCAGAUGGAGCAUCAGCAUCAGCAGCAUCAGCAGCAUCAACAGCAUCAACAGCAUCAACAGCAGCAGCCUCCAAUGCAUCACAUGCCCAGGUAUGACAGCUGCCAGAUGGACCAGCACAGACCCCUUGAGAGGAACUACUCAGACAUGGUCAAUCUGAUGAAACUGGAGGAGCAGCUCAGUCCUGCUUCAAGAGGCUACCCCUCUAGCUGCGCCCAGGAAGGGGAUGAAGACACUACAUCAGUGGCCUCCGAACGUUCCGAUGAAGCUUUCGACAUGACUAAAGGCAACCUGUCGCUGCUGGAAAAGGCCAUUGCUCUGGAAUCCGAGCGUGCCAAGGUUAUGCGAGACAGAAUGGCAUCAGAACAGAUGGUGGCUCGGAGGGACAAUCAGCGCCUUCAUGGAGAGCACAGCCCAAGGCAGAGCAGCAGUGCAGAAGAACGCAAGGCCCGACUCCAUCAUGAUGGCGCAAAAAGAGCAUAUUACCCUAAAGACUCAAGGGGAGAGAAAAAAGAAAGCAAGUGUCCAACCCCAGGUUGCGAUGGCACAGGCCACGUCACUGGACUCUAUCCUCACCACCGAAGCUUGUCUGGCUGCCCUCACAAAGACCGCGUGCCACCAGAAAUUCUUGCAAUGUAUGAGAAUGUUCUAAAGUGCCCCACACCUGGCUGCUCGGGACGCGGCCAUGUAAAUAGCAACAGGAACUCCCACCGCAGUCUCUCGGGAUGUCCCAUAGCCGCCGCUGAGAAGAUGGCAAAGGUUCAGGAGAAACAUCACCCCUGCGACAGCUCCAAAUCCAACCAGGCGUCAGACCGUGUCCUGAGACCCAUGUGCUUCGUAAAACAGCUGGAGAUCCCACAGUAUGGGUACAAAAAUAAUGUCCCAACCAGUACUCCACGAUCCAACCUGGCCAAGGAGCUGGAGAAGUACUCCAAAGCCAGCUUCGACUACAGCAGUAGUUAUGACAACCAGCCUCAUGCCUAUGGCAAGAGGUCCCUCACCCCGAAGCACCACGGGCGAGACACCUCACCCAAAGGAUAUGAUGCCAAGCGCUAUUGUAAGACCUCGAGCCCGGCCAGCAGCACCACGAGCAGCUACGCUCCCAGCAGCAGCAGCAGUCUCAGCUGUGGAGGAGGAGGAGGGGGUGGAGGAGGAGGGGGAGGAGGAAGCAGCGCCAGCAGCACCUGCAGCAAGAGCAGCUUCGACUACACGCACGACAUGGAAGCCGCCCACAUGGCCGCCACCGCCAUCCUCAACCUGUCCACGCGCUGCAGAGAGAUGCCCCAGAGCCUCACCGGGAAAGGCCCAGAACUCCUGGCACAGAGCCCUGAUGACAGAGAUGGGGAUGAGAACGGAACCCUGGAUCUGAGCCGGGUUGGAGGGAUGGGGGAGGGCAGUGGAGGCACAGUGCUGACCCCCCUGCAGCCCAUGUCGCCCCAGCGGCAGGCCCUGCUCAACAGCCACUGCUACCAGAUGAGCACUGCAGACUGCUGGGACCUGCCUGUGGACUACACCAAGAUCAAACGCCUGGACGAGGACCACAAGGAGGAUGACCUGGACCCGUUUCAGGAUCUAUUGGAAGAGCAGCAGUAUUCAGGAGACGUGCCUCUCCCCAGUCCCAAACACAAAUAUGCUCCCUGCAAAGAGAGCAAGAAGGAGCUCCUCACGCUAUCAAGCUGCCAACUGGCUGACAAGGGCAUGCGUGGUAUGAUGACAUCUAACUCCCAGGAUCUGAAGUGUCCCACUCCUGGCUGUGAUGGCUCUGGGCAUAUCACAGGCAACUACGCCUCACACAGAAGUCUGUCAGGUUGUCCCCGGGCAAAGAAGAGUGGUAUUAAAAUAAUGCACAGUAAGGAGGACAAGGAUGACCAGGAGCCAAUCAGGUGUCCUGUGCCAGGCUGUGAUGGCCAGGGUCAUGUGACAGGAAAGUAUGCAUCCCACCGCAGUGCAUCCGGCUGCCCGCUGGCCGCCAAGCGUCAGAAAGAUGGUUAUGUGAACGGAGCGCCUUUCUCCUGGAAGUCUGGCAAGACAGACGGCAUGACCUGCCCCACCCCAGGCUGUGAUGGCUCAGGCCACGUCAGUGGCAGCUUUCUCACCCACCGGAGUCUGUCCGGUUGUCCCCGUGCCACAUCUGCUAUGAAGAAGGCAAGGAUGACCGGGGUUGAAAUGCUCACAAUCAAGCAGAGAGCAAGUAAAGGCAUAGAAAAUGAUGAGGAGAUUAAACAACUGGAUGAGGAAAUCAAAGACCUGAACGAAUCGAACAAUCAAGUAGAGUCAGACAUGAUAAAAUUAAGGACUCAAAUCACCACCAUGGAGACUAACCUGAAGUCCAUCGAGGAGGAAAACAAGGCCAUUGAGCAGCAGAACGACUCGCUGCUGCACGAGCUCGCCAACCUCAGCCAGUCGCUCAUCAACAGUCUUGCCAACAUCCAGCUUCCACACAUGAAACCGAUGCCACUGAAAGAGGCCCCUGUUAAAAAUUACUGCUGUUUACAGAUGCCCCACAGAGAGCCGAUGAACGAGCAAAACUUUGACACUUAUGUGAGCACUUUGACAGAUAUGUACACUCACCAGGACCAGUACCAGAGCCCGGAGAACAAGGCCCUCUUGGAGAACAUAAAGCAAGCGGUUCAAGGCAUCCAAGUGUAGCUUUGAGACUGGCUAUUAUUGGCCGAGUAAUGGGGUCAUGUGAUCAGAGCGUUAAGAAACAAAAGAAACCCAUCAUGUAAAAAGUAUGGAUAACUAGUAUGAUUUUUUUUUUGCUGCUGUAAUUUAUUGUAUUAUUUGGCAUUAUUUAUGAUUCUGUUAUGCUUUUGACAAAAAAAAAUACAUAACUUAUUUCUUGCUUUGCUUUAAGAUGACGACUACCAAUGGCAAAUGUUUUGAGGAACAUUCAUGUUUUGUACAUUUUUCAUAUGACCUGACAUAAUGUGAUGUACUGUUUAUAGCUGCUAAUGUAUGCACAUUUUAGUGUAUAUGUAUUUAUUAAUUGUAAACAAAAACCAUCCAUUAUUUUAAAUCUAAAGAGGUGCCGAGGGGAUGCAUUGAGGGAAUGUAAGGGCAAUCAGCUUCAAACUUGAGCUUCUCUUUAUGGAGCUAAUGGGAACUAAUGUGCUGUGCAGGCUGUUCAAUGGGUGUACAGAGGUACAUUUC